CUUGCAUCUUCACCUCGCUGCAUCUGCCCGGCCACACCGCCACCGCCUCUCUCGCUCGCCGUCGCCGUCGCUGCUGCGCACUCCCGCCUCGUCGUCCGCCGCGCGUCCCUGCGCCGACCACCCCCCAGCACACACCCGCACGCACACGAGCUUGGCUAGCAGCCGCCCACGAUGAUCUUCGUCUACAAGCGCGAUGGGCGCAAGGAGGGCGUCAAGUUCGACAAGGUCACCGCCCGCGUCUCGAAGCUCUGCUACGGCCUCGACAUGGCCUUUGUCGACCCCAUCGAGAUCACUCGCAAGGUCAUCGACGGCAUCUACUCGGGCGUGACGACCGUCGAGCUCGACAACCUCGCCGCCGAGACGGCCGCGUACAAGACGACGACGCACCCCGACUACGCCGUGCUCGCGGCGCGCAUUGCCAUCUCGAACCUGCACAAGGAGACGUCGAAGAGCUUCUCCAAGGUCAUCGAGAGCCUGUACACGUAUGUCAACCCGAAGAACAACAAGCUCAGCCCGAUGAUCAGCGAGGGCACGUACAAGUCGAUCAUGAAGAACCGCGACGUGCUCGACUCGGCGAUCAUCUACGAGCGCGACUUCCACUACAACUUCUUCGGCUUCAAGACGCUCGAGCGCUCGUACCUGCUGCGCAUCAACGGCAAGGUCGCCGAGCGCCCGCAGCACAUGAUCAUGCGCGUCGCCGUCGGCAUCCACGGCGACGACGUCGACGCCGUCAUCGAGACGUACAACCUCAUGUCCGAGAAGUUCUUCACGCACGCGUCGCCGACGCUCUUCAACGCCGGCACGCCGCACCCGCAGCUCUCGUCGUGCUUCCUCGUGACGAUGAAGGACGACAGCAUCGAGGGCAUCUACGACACGCUCAAGACGUGCGCCAUGAUCUCCAAGACGGCCGGCGGCAUCGGGCUCAACAUCCACAACAUCCGCGGCACGGGCAGCUACAUUGCCGGCACCAACGGCGUGUCGAACGGCAUCGUGCCGAUGCUGCGCGUCUUCAACAACACGGCGCGCUACGUCGACCAGGGCGGCAACAAGCGGCCGGGCGCGUUUGCCAUCUACAUUGAGCCGUGGCACUCGGAUGUCUUUGAGUUCCUCGACCUGCGCAAGAACCACGGCAAGGAGGAGGUGCGCGCGCGCGAGCUCUUCUACGCGCUCUGGAUCCCCGACCUCUUCAUGAAGCGCGUCGAGCAGAACGGCGACUGGUCGCUCAUGUGCCCCGCCGAGUGCCCCGGCCUCGCCGAGGUGUACGGCGACGAGUUUGAGGCGCUCUACGAGCGCUACGAGGCCGAGGGCAAGUGCAAGCGCACCAUCAAGGCGCAGAAGCUCUGGUACGCCAUCCUCGAGUCGCAGACCGAGACGGGCAACCCGUUCAUGCUCUACAAGGACGCCGCCAACAAGAAGUCGAACCAGAAGAACCUCGGCACGAUCAAGUGCUCGAACCUGUGCACCGAGAUCAUCGAGUACUCGGCGCCCGACGAGGUCGCCGUGUGCAACCUGGCCUCGAUUGCGCUCCCGUCCUUCAUCGACACGAGCACCAAGACGUACGACUUCAAGAAGCUGCACGCCGUCGCCAAGGUCAUCUGCGCGAACCUGAACCGCAUCAUCGACGUCAACUACUACCCCGUCGAGGAGGCGCGCCGCUCCAACAUGCGCCACCGCCCCAUCGGCAUCGGCAUCCAGGGCCUCGCCGACGCCUUUAUGAUCCUCGGCCACCCCUUCGACUCGCCCAAGGCGCGCCAGCUCAACAUCCAGAUCUUCGAGACGAUCUACCACGCGGCGCUCGAGCGCUCCUGCGAGCUCGCCGAGCGCGACGGCCACUACGAGACGUACCCGGGCUCGCCCGCCAGCAAGGGCAUCCUGCAGUACGACAUGUGGGACGGCGUCACGCCGUCGGACCUCUGGGACUGGGCCGCGCUCAAGGCCAAGAUCGCCAAGUACGGCCUGCGCAACUCGCUCCUCCUCGCGCCCAUGCCCACGGCGUCGACGUCGCAGAUCCUCGGCUUCAACGAGUGCUUCGAGCCGUACACGUCGAACAUCUACACGCGCCGCGUGCUCGCCGGCGAGUUCCAGGUGGUGAACCCGUGGCUGCUGCGCGAGCUCGUCGAGCAGGGCCUGUGGAACGAGGGCAUGAAGAACCGCAUCAUCGCCCACGGCGGCUCGAUCCAGAACGUGCCCGGCAUCCCCGACCGCAUCAAGGCGCUCUACAAGACCGUCUGGGAGAUCUCGCAGAAGGCCAUCAUCGACAUGGCCGCCGACCGCGGCGCGUUCAUCUGCCAGUCGCAGAGCCUCAACAUCCACCUGCAGGCGCCCACGUUCGGCCAGCUCACGAGCAUGCACUUCUACGGCUGGAAGCGCGGACUCAAGACGGGCACGUACUACCUGCGCACGCGCCCCGCCGCCAACGCCAUCCAGUUCACCGUGUCCGCCGAGGAGCAGGCCGCCGCCAAGGCAGCCAACGCUGCCGGCGCCAGUGCCAAGAAGAUCGCUGCGGCGCCGGCCCUCGCUCCCGUGCGCGCGUCGCCGGCCCUCGCUGCACCGCGCGCCGCGGGCCCGUCGCUCGGCGCGCUUGACGCCGCCGUCGGCGGCCUGCCCAUGAGCGCCGUGCCGUCGUCGUCGGUGAGCGUGUCGAGCUCCGACGGCGAGGUCGAGGCACCCGAGGCACGCGCACCGGCGCCGCUCGCCGCCAAGCCCGUCGCCCCGGCGCCCGUCGAGCCGGCCGCCGCACCCGCCGCUGCCGCCGCGGCCGAGGCACCCGUCGCCGACGAGGGCUUCGAGGCGGCCAAGGCUCGUGCGGCGCAGCGCGAGUACGAGGCCGAGAAGCUGGCGUGCUCGCUGGAGAACAAGGAGGCGUGCCUCAUGUGCUCCGGCUAGACGUCUCUCCCCUCCCGGCCCUGCUUCCCGUCUUCGCUCCGCCCUGCAUGCUCCCUGGUCCCGCCAUUGUACACUAUAUCCGCUUCGUGUCUCCUCCGUCCCCGCGCGCAUCGAUGCCCGUCGUCGCCCCACCCCUCCUGCUCUGCCUCCCGGUCUCUCACGUCGCGCGGCCCGAGCAGAGCGCCCGCCGCGCGCUUGCGUGCCCGCUCCGGCCUGCCCACCGCUCCCGUCUUAUGCUUUCUCUUAUGACGACAAUACAAUGUGCAUCGCAUCGUG